UUUUCUCUCAAUAUACGGUACCCGCGGUACGUUGCGGCGCGGCGGUCUAUUUUUCCAAGAGUUGAGUGUCAAUCAGCUAUUCCGUCGGUCGAAAUGGAAUAGAUCUCUAAUGGACAUUAAUUCAAGUGCAGAUGUGGAUGAUUUGACAAGGCUGUUCCAUGUUCUUUGCAAAGCCAAGAUUGAUACUUAAAGACCUUAACAAGGUACUGGCCCUGCGGAUACACUGUAGAAGCAACAGACUAGCAGCAAUGGCUUCAAUACAUCCAUUCACUCUGGAUGUCUUCCAACCACCAACUAACAUUACGCAGUCAAAUGACAUCGACAGAGAAGCAUUCAGGAAAACCGUCACCAUACCUGCUCUGAAAAUCAACAAACGGUGUAUACAUAAACUCCUCAAGGCAUUCAAGUUGGCUUCAUUCAGUCGACCCCGCUUUGCUCCCAUCCGCGACAUCCCGGCGAACCCGGAUGAUAAGUUCCUGCUCCUUGAUCCACAGAAUAUAUGUCACGUGGAUGCCAUGACAGACAAACAACGAUCCGUCUUGAAGGAGAACGGUGUAGAGGAAAGAUUGCAUGAAUAUACCUUGGAGCUUACCUACAAGGACUGGCACGCUCAUGAAGUGCUUCAGAGAUUGUUGCCUGAUGGUGUCGAAGUUCCCACUGGUUUUAGCAGGAUUGGCCACAUCAUGCAUCUGAAUCUCAGAGAGUCCCAGUUGGAGUAUAAAAAGUUGAUAGGGGAAGUUUUGUUGGAAAAGACUCAAGGCAUCAAGACAGUCGUCAACAAACUCAAUGAGAUUGACAACACCUACCGGUUUUUCAACAUGGAGUGCAUCGCAGGAGACCCUGAUACAGUGGUGACGGUCAAAGAAAACCAUGGAGCCUAUUCCUUUGACUUUGCCAAAGUGUACUGGAACCCCCGCUUAUCUACGGAACAUCAGCGCAUCAUUGAUAAACUCCACCCAAGUGACGUUGUAUAUGACAUGUUUGCCGGUGUUGGACCAUUUGCUGUUCCUGCAGCUAAAAAGGGAUGUGAAGUAUUUGCCAAUGACUUGAAUCCGGAAUCCUUCCGAUGGUUGCAGGAGAAUGCAAAACAGAACAAACUCUCCAGGAGACUGAGGGCAUUAAACUUGGAUGGUCGAGAGUUUGCCGUUGACGUCGUUAAACCAGACUUGGUCGUCAAAGCUAAAGAAGGCUUCAAUCACAGAGCACACAUCAUCAUGAAUCUCCCUGCGAUUGCUGUGGAAUUUCUAGACAUUUUCCCAUCCCUUCUCAGCCUUGUGCCAUCAGAACUCAAAGAGAAGAUCCCAGAAGUUAUUGUCCAUUGCCAUGGCUUCUCCAAAUCAGAGAACCCUGCUGAGGAUAUCCAGAACAGGGUGGAAGACAUCUUGAAGUGUAGGUUGAACUGUCCUUUGAUCCAUGAUGUCAGAGACGUUGCUCCCAAUAAAGAGAUGAUGUGUAUCAGCUUCUCUGUGCCUCCAUCUGUCUUGUUUGCUCCAACUGAUAAAGAUGAUUGUGAAGGAGACAAGACUGAACAAUCAGAGUGUACAGAAGGAUCAACUCAAGAUGAACCUGACAAGAAGAAACCAAGGAUACAAUGAAAUUUACUAUUAAGGAAUAUAUUUUUAGCAAGGAUUUUAUUCUCUUUAAGUUUUAUUUUUCACAGUAGUGCCUACCUCAAAUUGCUGUCACACUAAUUUCUUACAAGGUAAUUAAUUGCUUUGUUUGCUACCCCAACCAGAUUUUU